ACGGCUCUUCUUAACUGAUCAGGCAUGUUGCCGUGCAAUUUAGGGGUGCCGGCGACGGUCCUACUGACCACCAUGAUCACCACACUCAGCAUAGAAGACAGCGACGCUUACAGGCGAAACUUUGAGGUUCGCCAAAGCAGCAACUCCAAGAUUCCGCUCUGGAAAAAACGUGCGUGCGAGAAGCCCCAAAACAACAAGGCCAACUCCCACUAUGUGUGCGACGAGGAGGGCGACUUCACGUGUCUGCCUGGAUGGCAGGGCGACCUCUGCCAGGUGCCCAUGUGCCGGCGAGGCUGUGAUCCGAUGAACGGCUACUGCCAACGGCCAGGCGAGUGCCGGUGCCGCAUCGGCUACAGUGGCGAGAUGUGCGAGAAGUGCAUUCCGCUACCGGGGUGCCAGCACGGUGACUGCACCAAGCCCUUUGAGUGCAUCUGCAAGCCCGGCUGGUCUGGACUCUUCUGCACAGAACCCAGCUGUCGAAGUGGAUGUCACAGUACCCGCGGCUACUGCGAGGCCCCCGGAGAGUGCCGCUGCCGCAUUGGCUACGCGGGGCGCACUUGCGGCGAGUGCGCCACCAUGCCGGGCUGCCAGCACGGGACCUGCAACAAGCCGCUAGAAUGCCUCUGUCUGCCCGGAUACACGGGACUGCUCUGCCAGACGCCUCUAUGCGCCUCGGAUUGCAGCAAGCAGCACGGCUACUGCCGCAAGCCUGGCGAGUGUCGCUGCAAGGUGGGCUGGACGGGCAGCCAGUGCGACAAGUGCUUCCCCUAUCCCGGAUGCGCGAACGGAGACUGCGAGGCGCCCUGGGAGUGCAACUGCCAUCCUGGCUGGGGCGGUAUGCUGUGCGAUGAAAAGCUGAACUACUGCGUGGAGAAUCCGGAGACGUGCGAGAACGAGGGCAAGUGCGUCUCGGUGAGCCGCGAGGACGGCAGCUAUCGGUGUCUAUGUCGGCAGGGGUAUCUUGGAAAGAACUGCGAGAUACGCGACGACUUUUUGCUUACAUCGGUGGCGCCUCUGCGCAUUACCCCGCCGCCCCUUCCGCUGGAGCUGGACGAUGUGGUCGCAGGUGUGCCUGAUGACAGCGACAACGGCAACGGCAACGGCAACACAAUGGGUGGGCAGGUGGAAAAGUUUCCAGCAAGUAACGUGCCAAAACGCCGGACAAAUGACACCGCAGCUGUGCCCACACCAACGACGCUGACAGCGGGCACCGCACCGCUGAGCACAGCCACGACAAGGACGACAGGGACGACGCCGACGACGCCGACGACAACGAUUUCGACGAUGGCCACGUUAGCAGCAGCUGGAGCCGGCUCUGUCGCUGGCAGCCACAAUGCGACUAAUGAAGCGUUAAGCGUUGUUGCUUUGCGCCCGGAUGGGGCGCCAACAAUGGAGCAUGCUACCACGACACGAACAACAACAGGAAAAACAAAGGCUGCGGUAAAGAGCAACGCAACAAGUGAGGCAGCCCCCUCGCCAGCGCCAGCCCCAUCUGCCACACAAUUUGCUGGCCACGAGCAGCUAAAGACAACGUUGGCGCCAGCUGCACCAGCAACAUCAGCGGGCGUGACCACCACCCAGGCCCAUACCGGGGCCGAGUAUGAGGCAGAGGCAGACGAGGAUGACGACGAUGAUGAGGAGGAGGACGGCGAGUACGAGGAGGAUGAUGAAGACGAGGAGGACGAGGACGAGGAAGACGAUGAGGAUGACAACGAUCAACUCCUACCAAAUAUUAUAUAAUUAAUGAAUUGACUAAUUGCUCAUAGACUAAUUUCUUUUUUUUUUUUUUCUAUUUACUCGCUA